AUGGUCGCGUCAACUACGUUCCAAGACCGCCCGCUGCUGCUGGCAGCGGCGCUCCUUACGUUGCUCCUUCGCAUCGUGCACUGCCUGCAUCCCGACGCGAUGGCUCUCCUCGCCUUCAAAAGCGUCAUGGGCGCAACUUUCCUCACGUCAUGGGAUCCCGCAACCUCCCACUGCUCCGCGUGGGAGGGCAUUCAUUGCGACCAAGACAACCGGGUGUCGUGGUUCCCAACUCCCACGAUGCAAGGCUCAUUUGACGCCGCCAUGAGCCUCGGGGACCUCACCGAGGUCAUGUCUAUCGACCUGUCGUGCAACGACUUCACCGGCAGUCUCCCCUCGAUCUUCAGCAAGCUUACAAGGCUCACGCUGCUGCGCCUCCGCAACAACCACCACUUGGAAGGGUCACUUCCCAAGGAUAUGCUCGCCAUGCCGAAGCUCGAGUUUCUUGACCUUUCCAACACGAACCUCAGAGGGGACCUGCCCACAGAGAUGCCGUUCUGGUCGCCGCUACUCAAGCACCUCGACCUCUCGUACAACGGCUUGACAGGCGACAUUCCUUCGGGAUUUAGCCUUCUUUCGGAACUCCAGUACCUCAACCUGCGCGCGAAUCGCAUUGUAUAUACAGAAACGCCCAACACGAUUCUGUCCAUGAGCCGCCUCACCUUCCUCGACAUUUCCGAUAAUCUUUUCACCGGCGAACUGUCGUCAGAGCUCGGGCUCAAGCUGCCCAGCAUUAUGCACCUGGCGGCCGGCACCAACCAGCUGACCGGCAGCAUUCCGGACUCCUUGACGCUGCUGACGGCGCUCACGUUCCUGGACGUCGGAUACAACGCCCUCUCUGGCUCCCUCCCGUCCUCGCUACUCAGUCUCCCGCGUCUCGUCGAAGCGCGUUUGCGCCACAACUCCCUAGCGGGGAGCUUCCCGGCGGGCGCGGCCUCAACCAAGCUGACCCUCCUGGACAUUUCCUGGAACGAAUUGCGCGGCUCGCUGCCGACGCUCAUAGCCAGCAGCACGAAAUUAUCGCACCUCGACCUGAGCCACAACCAGUUCACAGGGACCAUCCGUCCCGAGUGGAGCUCGCUGCUCGUGCACCAAUCCCUGACGAUAGAGUACAUCAAGCACCCGCCCGCUGCAUACGCGGCACGUGUCUCCAUAGGCCGCCCACCAUUCGCACGGCGUGGAUUUGGACACGUGGUCACAUGCUCUGCUACUUCCCCCUAUUGGUGCGAUGUCCUCGCCAUCGACGCGUGA